AUGGGUGCCGCAAUGUUUGGAAUGGGGUGCAUGGUGGGACCGCCCGCCUUCGACCACAGAACGCUCCCUGAUGACAAUCCUAUCCUGCUUCCUCUCGACCCCACCAAAGGUGCUCACACAGAGGACAAUCAAACGGAAGCAGCUACAAGCAUCGACUACAAUACCAAUCCAAAGCCUGCCGCAUACGGGGCUCAGCUCGUACAACGUAUUGACCAAGAGAAGAUUGGAGUCAGUCGCCUCAUAGCCGAGGAGUGGAAGAAGCCAUCCAAUGAGGGCCAACUUGAGAUUCAACGCAGGCUCGUGCGACUCAAAAGCCUUUACGACGCAGUCUGGGCGCUUCACAUGAUUGAUAUCAGCCAUGACCCCAAGGUUUGGAAGCUGCUCGAUCGGUAUGCAAUUGAAUUGAAUCAACCUGGAACGGAUACCACGAGGACUUUGAAGAAGGCCCAAGAGGCGACCACUGUUGGAGACACCAGUAGCUUGGAAGCGCAUAUCAAGGAGGUUAUUGAGCAAAAUGCCCGGCUCGGUCAUCCCACGCGACCAGUGUCAGAACUGGAGAGGUUCAUGGUGCGAGACCCUGCUGGCAGUGCCGUCCUCUCCAGGCUGAGAAUGCUGCAGAGAGUUGCCACCGAGGAUACGGAGGAGAGUAGAUUUCUGUUACAAGAUAUCAUGUACGGGCUAUGGUGGGUUCUUGAGAGAAAGGCCAGAGAGCUUGACAGGGUGGUCAGGAAGUAA